AUUGCUAGCUGGCCAGCGGGCGAGUCAGAGUGGACGUACCUGGACGUCGGACGGCGUUGUUAUAUUGUGGCCAAUAAGCGGUUUAUGUCCUUUUCUUUUUCUUCAAAUCCGAGAAGGGAAGAUCUACGCCUUUGGUAAAAUAAGAAAACACCAUGGCAGCGUGCUUAGCGGUACCUCACGCUGCUCUCUCGGACGAGGCUGCAUCCAUCAUGGAGUCUACGGCUGUGGAAGUCACAGACCACAUCGGACCAAGGAAGGGCGGGACCGCCCUGCCUGAGAUCUCAUUCAUCUCACCUGGGCUGGAGAAUCCAGCACGAAAUGGAGAGGAGACUGACGCUGUAAAACAGGACAGUGCGCAGGAGGACGGUGGCAGGGAUAGAGUUCGGGUAUAUUUACGUAUUCGUCCUCUGAUAGGAAACGAGGAUGAAAGAGGAGAGGAGCAGGGAUGCGUUUGUGUCCAAGACAAGCAAACGUUGGUUCUCAGAGCCCCGAGGGACUCCUUCAACAUGAAGAGCUCGGACAGAGGGGUUUCCCAAAGCAAGCAUUGCUUCACCUUCACACAGAUCUUCGGUCCCGAGACGGGACAGCAGGAGUUCUUUGAGAGCACGAUGAAGGAGGCCGUCUGGGAUGUCCUGCGGGGUGACAGCAGGUUGCUCUACACCUACGGGGUCACCAACUCGGGCAAGACCUACACCGUGCAGGGGACCGGCCGGGAGCCGGGGCUGCUCCCCCGGACACUGGUGGCCUUGUUCCAGAAGCUGGGGGCUCGUCUGUACCCCACCCCAGACCUGAAGCCUGUUCUGUGCCAGGAGGUGCGGUGGCUGAGCCGUGGCGAAGUCCGGGCCGAAGAGAUCCGCAGGGAUGCCCUGCUCAGCGAGGCGGAAUCCCCCGUUUCCCAUAAUUCCCGACUGCGGGGCGACAGCAGCACCAGCAGUGACAGCGGUAUCGGAGGCCUGUCCAUGGCAGAGGGUGAGGCCCUGCAGUAUGACUCGUCACCUGUCGGACUCUCGGCUGCACCGAUGACCGGCGCCUCUCCCUCAUCCCCAGACUCGGCCAGUCUCUUCUUGGAUGCCAACAGCCUGUCUGGCAGCGGUGCGGAGGGCCUUCCGGAAGGCGUGCGCUUUUCCAUCUGGGUGUCCUUCUUCGAGAUCUACAAUGAGUUCCUGUACGACCUGCUGGGGGCGCCAUCGCCCCGGAAGAGGGCCACGCUGCGGCUGUGUGAGGACAGAAAUGGCCAGCCCUAUGUGAGAGACCUGACCUGGGUGCAGGUCCGCAACGCCGAGGAGGCCUGGAAAGUUCUGAAAGUGGGCCGGCGGAACCAGAGCCUUGCGAGCACCCACUUGAACCACAGCUCCAGUCGCAGCCACAGCAUCUUCUCCAUCCGUUUGCUCCACGUGCCCCCGGAUCACGGCCCAGGACGGGCCCCUCAGAUCAGCGAGCUGUGUGUGUGCGACCUGGCCGGAUCCGAACGCUGCAAGGAGCAGCGUGACGGCGAGCGGUUGAAGGAGGCGAGCAGCAUCAACACGUCACUGCACACGCUGGGCCGCUGCAUCGCAGCCCUGCGCUACAACCAGGCCUGCCGGUCACGGCCCCCCCUGCUGGUGCCCUUCAGGGACAGCAAGCUAACCCGCGUCUUGCAGGGAUUCUUCUGCGGCCGCGGCCGCUCCUGUAUGGUGGUCAACAUCAAUCCCUGCGCUUCCAGCUACGACGAGACGCUACACGGCCUGAAGUUCUCCGCCUUGGCCACGGAGCUCGUCCACGUGCCUUCCACCAAGACGCGUGUGGCCUACAUCCUGUCCCUGCUGCAAGAGUCUGACCGCCAGGCCAACAUGGGCGCCGUGGCUGAGGAGGAAGAGGAGGAAGACUGCGAGGAAGACGAGGCCGACCUCUCCAUGUUCGACUGCGAGGCCCUGCUGCGUGCCAUAGAGGUGCUGAAGGCGGAGGUGCAUCGCCAGCGGAGGGAGAAGGAGGAGCUGGAGGCCAGGGUGCGGGAGCAGGUCUGCUCAGAAAUGAUGGAGGUCAUCCGGCGAAUGCAGGACGACUUUGGCGAGACACUGGAGGCCGAGAGGGCGCUGCUGGAGGAGAAGCAUGAGGAGAAGGUCUCCAACCUGCAGACGAGCCUCAGGAAGUACUAUAUGCAGGAGAUGGAGGAGCGGGACGAGCAGAUCCAGGAGCUGACCGCCGAGCUGCAGGGCAGGAGGGAGACCAAAGCUUUUCCUGGGGGCCCAGACCCCCAGAGACCCCGCCGCUCCCUCCGCCUGGCCUCCACCGGGGUACGCGAGCUGGGCGGAGAGCGGUGCCAGGCGGUGGUGCAGGAGGAAGCAGAGGGUCUGAAGAAAUGCAGCGAGUUGCUGACCCCACCCCCACCGAGCAGCACCAUCAACGUGAUCACCGUAGACCGCAAGCUGGAAGACGGGCAGAAGAACCUCCGGCAGCUGCGUGCCGACCUUCAGCGGCUGGGCCAGGGCCUGCAGGAAGCGGAACACGCCUGCUGCCACAAGACGGGUGGCGCGCAGCUGCGUGGGAUGCUGGCCGCUGCGGAGGAGAUGCUGGGCAAACAGAACCAGGCUCUGCUGCAGAUCCAGAGGGACUGGCAGCUGGUGAAGGCAGACCUCCGGCAGAAGACGGAAAGUCUGUCCAGCCUGCAGCGUGGUGCCCCGACCGCGACUGGCUGCUGCAGAAAGAGAAGCCAGCGGGGUGUUGGGUCUGAUCCAGAGGACCAGCGCCAUGGGAAGAAGCCUUUCCUGUAUGCCGCAUCCCGGGACGGCACUCCGGCUCGCAGCGGCGCUCCCUCCGGCACGCCGCACCCCCGGAUCCUGCGUGCCCGUCAGCCGAGCCCCCCUCCCAGCCCCUCUGUCUUCAAACCCCGGGUCCUGUUGUGACGAGACCCACUAUUAGCAAAGGGGAGACCCUCUGGUCAUGUCUGAAUAGUGUAUAGGCACGGCAGUUCUGUUUGUAUAUUAUUUUUUAACGAGAGACGCGUGUGUCUCUUUCCUUGUGGCUGUGACGCGUUUCUCUGUCCUUUUAGGUUUCUGACUUGGAAAACCUUAGAGUACCGAUUAAUGUGUUUGUUUGUCUCUGCAUCUCAUUUGUUUGACUUUCGUCGUACUUUUCGUUUCAUCAAUUUGCUGUAAUAUAUAAGAGGGGGGGGGUGUUUGUGGUGAACCACCACUAUUUAUGUUUGGGAACCGGUCUUGGUGAACCUUUUGGCAGUAAUGGGUGGCUAAGUGUUUAGCCUUGAUGCUGAAGUGCGUCUAGAUUUGCGUUUUUAUAGCUAAAGUGCCUGUGAAAGGUCUGCACUAAUCCCAAUGUGCUUCUCAGAUAUACUUGACUGUGCAAUAUAGUCGGAAAAUUUAAUAUACAGAGUUAUUCUCUUAGAUUAAAGGAUCUUUGAAUGGA